CCGCCCGUCUCCGCGUCCCUCUGGGGUGGCCGCGGCCCCCUCCGGCCUGGGCGCGGCCUGCGAGGCGGCGAUGGAGUAGCCGGGGGAAAGGCCGACGCAAGAUGGUGGAUGUUGAUAUCGGUGCCGGUGGAGAUAACGCCAGAAGAAAAAUGGAUGCUCUUACGGAUAGCAGCGCUGAGAUUGUUCCGUUGGAUCUCUAUGAUUCAUCCCGAGCCAAAAUAGCUGCUAAUCUACAGUGGAUCUGCGCGAAAGCUUAUGGAAUAGACAACAUCCCGGAGGAAUUAAAAGAUCCUUUUUAUAUAGACCAGUAUGAGCAGGAACACAUUAAACCGCCUGUCAUCAAGCUGUUGUUAUCCAGCGAGCUGUAUUACCGCGUCUGCAGCCUCAUUCUCAAAGGGGACCAGGUGGCGGCGCUCCAGGGACACCACUCGGUCAUCCAGGCUCUCUCGCGGAAAGGGAUUUACGUCAUGGAGAGCGAUGACAACCCUGUGUCCGAAUCCGAUCUCAGCUCUGCGCCGAUCAAAAUGAGUCCUCACAUGGCCAUGAUUGAUGCUCUCAUGAUGGCCUACACCAUCGAGAUGAUCAGCAUUGAGAAAGUCGUGGCCAGUGUCAAGUGUUUUUCCACGUUCAGUGCCUCGAAGGAGUUGCCCUACGAUCUGGAGGAUGCGAUGGUAUUCUGGAUUAACAAGGUGAACCUAAAAAUGAGAGAGAUCACGGAAAAGGAGAUUAAAUUAAAACAGCAAUUACUGGAAAGCCCAGGUCAUCAAAAGUCUCCUUCAAAAUGGUAUUGGAAGUUAGUGCCUGUACGUUAUCGCCGAGAUCAUCUCUCGAGUCGACAGCUGCCCUUUUUCCCAUUACUUGAAGACCUGAUGAAGGAUUGUAGCGAUGGAGCUGCUUUGCUGGCUGUCAUCCAUUAUUAUUGCCCCGAACAAAUGAAGCUUGAUGAAAUAUGCUUGAAAGAGGUAACCUCGAUUGCAGACAGCAUCUAUAACAUCCAGUUGCUUCGAGAAUUUGCCAACGAGUACCUGAACAAAUGCUUUUACCUCACUUUGGAAGAUAUGUUGUAUGCCCCGUUAGUUCUAAAGCCCAACGUAAUGGUUUUCAUUGCCGAAUUAUUCUGGUGGUUUGAGAACGUCAAGCCGGAUUUUGUGCGCCCCAGGGACCUCCAAGAAGUGAAAGAUGCUAAAAGCAUGCUGCAUCAGAAGAGCAGCCGCCCGUCGGUACCCAUUUCCAAUGCCACAAAGCGGAGUUUCAUGCCGAGUCCGGCGGUCCCCAGUUCAGCUGACAUGCAGCCUCCGAGUCAACUCUCGCAGGAAAGUUGCAGCAGUGUCAAAGGAAGUCCUGCCUUCAGCCCGUCGCACCCUUUGCUGCCUUUAAGGCAGAAGCAACAGAAGACGGUACAGGGGGAAGACACCUCAGACCAACGGCAUCGGUCUAAUUCCUUGACUCGGGCAGAUGGGCAGCCUCGGGAUUCGAUCCUUGCAUGGCCAGAGAAGAAGCAAAGGCCCCUUUCACAACCCGCACCAUUUGGUCUUCACCACACGGCGAGCAGCGACGCGGACCCCAGCUCCGGCGAUAGCAUCAGUCUGGCCAGGUCCAUCAGCAAAGACAGUCUGGCAUCCAACAUCAUCAACAUCACCCCGAAACAGCAGCUCCCCUCCGCCCCCGUGAAAAAUAGCGGGAAAAGCUUGCUGAACAAUGUGGAGAUGGAAGACGACGAGGAAGAACUGAUUGCCAUCAUUCGCCCCGGCACCACCCUGAACCACGGCGGCCUGGAACUUCAGUGCGCUCUGCCGGCUCGUUCCCCUGGCUUUGUCGGUACCGCCUGGACUCCGAAAUCCCCGAGCGAAGCUACGGACAAUAAGCCGGAGAGCUUUUUCCUGGAGCCGCUAAUGCCUGCCAUUUUACGGCCAGCCAAGGAGAAGCAGGUCACCAAUAAGGAGGACGAAUGCGGAGAAGGAAAAGCAAGAGGUUACGCGCCCAAGAGACCGAGCGAGGGGCACGCGGCUUUGGCCCAUAAAAAAACCAACGGCGGUCACGGUGAUCACAGCCUUAACAGGACUUUUAACUUGGGUUCUAGUUCUGAACUAACCGUGAUCGCGGGCCCCAGUUUGGCAGAGCCAGUUGUCCAUCACUCGGACGUCAGGAUGGAACCCUUUUGCCCCCAAGCAAGCAGCAGUUUAGAGACAUCCUCUCAAGAGCAGCCGUUCGCGGGCUUCUUCCUGCAUGCCGCCAAAGCGGAGGAGGAGGCCAUGUCCAGCGGCGGCACCAACCUCAGUUAUCUGAAAAGCCCCAGUUCCCACCGGGCGGAGACCUCGUGGACCAUGGUCAGGCAGGAUUCCGACUCGUCCAUCCUAGACAUGGAAGAAGCCGACCAAGACUUGGCGGCCGAGGAGCACCCUCUGAUUGCCAAGUACAUCGGAGAGGAAGAAUCCGCCAAGCUUCAGGAAGACAUGAAAGUCAAGGAGCACGAAGACAAAGACGACGCCAGCGGGCGAUCCAGCCCAUGCCUGAGCACCAUUUCCCAGGUGAGCAGCGUCUCCAUGACCAGCGGGAGUGCCCGGAUGACCAGCUUUGCGGAGAGGAAGCUCCAAAGGCUGAACAGUUACGAAACAAAAUCCAGCACGAGCAGCUCGCAGAAAACCACCCCAGAUGGAUCCGAGUGUUGUCCGGCUCCGCUCACCACCUGGAAACAGAGGCGGGAACAGAGUCCCACCAGACAGAGCAAAGACAAUGUGAACCUCUUGGCGUCCGAGCUGGUCCAGCUCCACAUGCAGCUGGAGGAGAAGCGGAGAGCCAUAGAAGCUCAGAAGAAGAAGGUGGAGGCCCUUUCCGCCAGGCAGAGGCUAAAACUCGGCAAGGCGGCCUUCUUGCACGUGGUGAAGAAAGGGAAAGGGUCGGAGAUCUCGCCGUCCCUGAAGCCGGAACACUUCACCAAGGAGUUCUCCGGGCACAACGGGGAAGGCCUGGAGGAGGACGCUUUGAAUUCCAAAACGGCGGAGGUGUUCCUUACGAAAGAGGAGGUGGUGGCAGGUGAAGACGAAAUUCCCAAAGAGAAGGUUCAGGAAACGGUCGGCUUCGUGGAGGAGAGCAUUUCCAGAGAGCCCACCAUCCACGAAAUCGAGAAGAGCAAGAGGGUCUCGGCGGCUCUGCUGGAAGAGAGCAUCGACUCCGCCGACCUCAACGAAUGUGACCUUUCCAUCGAAAAGCUGAACGAGACCAUCAGCACCCUUCAGCAGGCCAUCCUGAAGAUCUCUCAGCAGCAGGAGCUUCUCAUGAAGGCCCCAACCCUGUCCUCGACCCGCGGAGGCUCUCAGGACCAAAAGAUCAAAGCCCCCGUCCACUUUGUGGAGCCCCUCUCCCCUCCCGGCCCCAAUCUCCGCAAACCACCCCGGCUCGGUCAAGGACGGAGUCCCCGUUCAGGAAGGCCAUCUGAACUCAAAGUGGCCAAGGACCGUCCCCAUACCACGCCUCGCAUCAAGACCCCGACGCCCAGCGUGGACACCUUGCCCCACUUGAGACAGUUCCCACUCAACAAUUCACCCAAGGUGCCAGUCGAAACAGCUCUUGAAAACAUCCUGGGCCCAGGUAGCGCUUCGCAAGAGAAGCUUUCCUUUGAGAGUUACCGGCUCUGCGACGACAAUCAGAGAGGGGCCUUUGUUUUGUCCUCUUCCAGGGACACCAACAUCCUCUCGGAAGCCAUCAAAGAUGAGAACAGCAACAUGGAGGACUUCCAUCACCUGGCUUGUUUUGAUGUCUCAGGCCAGGAGAACGUCUCCCUCGAAGAGCCUUCUAAGAGCAAAGGCAGCCUCAUCGAAGUGGACCUCUCGGAUUUAAAAGUCCGCGACGAAGAAGUGGAAAGCCAGGGCAACUCUUCGGAUUUAAUCAAUGAAAUGGAGCAGAAAUCAGGCGUUGGGUUCUUCUUCAAGGAUGAACAGAAAGCCGAAGAUGAGCUGGCGAAGAAACGUGCCGCUUUUCUUUUAAAACAGCAGCGCAAGGCCGAAGAGACCCGGCUUCGAAAACAGCAGCUGGAGGCAGAAGUUGAACAAAAGAGGGACGAAGCUCGGCGAAAAGCUGAAGAAGACCGUCUGCGGAAGGAAGAGGAGAAAGCCCGCCGGGAGCUCAUCAAGCAAGAAUAUUUGCGGCGAAAGCAGCAGCAGAUUUUGGAAGAACAGGGCUUGGGUAAACCCAGACCCAAAGCGAAAAAGCCGCGGCCAAAAUCAGUCCAUCGGGAGGAAUCUAACAGCGAUUCGGGGACCAAGUAUUCCUCUACCCCUGAUAACCUGAGCAGUGCCCAGUCGGGAUCGAGUUUGUCCUUGGCAUCUGCAGCAACAACUGAGCCGGAGAGCAUCCAUUCGGGAGGCACGCCUUCCCAAAGAGUGGAGUCUAUGGAAUCCUUGCCCAUCUUGAGCAGGAACCCAAGCCGAAACAUGGAGCGAGAUUGGGAGAACACUUCGACCGCCUCUUCGAUUGCCUCGGUGGCCGAAUAUACAGGCCCAAAGCUCUUUAAGGAGCCCAGCAGCAAGUCAAACAAGUCCAUCAUCCACAACGCCAUCUCCCACUGCUGUCUUGCUGGAAAAGUGAACGAGCCUCAUAAGAAUUCCAUCUUGGAGGAGCUUGAAAAGAGUGAAGCCAACCACUACAUCAUCUUAUUCCGCGACGCCGGCUGCCAGUUCAGAGCACUUUACUGCUACUAUCCCGACAACGAAGAAAUCUACAAGCUGACCGGAACGGGCCCAAAGAGCAUCACCAAGAAAAUGAUCGACAAGCUGUACAAAUACAGUUCGGACAGGAAGCAGUUUAACCUGAUCCCGGCCAAAACCAUGUCCGUCAGCGUAGACGCGCUGACGAUUCACAACCACUUGUGGCAAUCCAAGCGACCCGCCGUGCCAAAGAAGACCCAGAAUCGCAAAUGACACUAAAAAAAAAAAAAAAACACUAAAAAAAAAAAAAACCCGGGGCUAGAUUUCAUCGCUGAGGGUUAUCCAACGAGUGGAACCAUAAACCAUGUUUUUUUAUUUAAAAAAAAAAAAAAGAAAGGAAAAGAAAAGCAGCUUCUUAAAAACGGAUGCAAGGAUAGUAUGAUGUUUCCUCUCUUUUUUUGGGACGCAGCUGGUUUGCCGGUUUGGUUCGGUUCGGUGCGGAUGCUUAGACUGCUGCUACACCCAUCGCUGACUUCUUGCGGCUUUUCACGAGAGACCAGACCCGAAGCUGGGGAUUUUGUUUUUUUUUCUUUUUUAAACUUGAAGCUCUUCAUUGAUACCAGUUGGGAUCCCUCUUUUUUUUUCCUUCCUUCCUUCUUUCCGAUUUAAUACUCCUGCAAAAAAAAAGAAAAGAAAAAAAAAGAAGCCGUCUCAUAGUUGGCAAAGCUGCAGUUUUGGAAGGGAAAGAAAAACUCGAAUAACGGAGACUGGAUGAUCCCCCCCCCCCCCCCCCCCCCCCCCCCAACCAGGAAAAAACUCACUUUUUCCUUCUGCGUUCCUUAAAAGGAUCUCACACCCACUGCAUUUUUACUGCCAAUGUCAUUUCUGGGAUGGGUGGGAAGGGGAAGCCCAGCCUACCUUGUUGCCCGCUCCUCGGCUCAGUUUACCUACAGUAUCCCAUUUCUCGAUCGUACGCACUGACAGAGAUGUCAAAUCGGUCUCUUUUUAAAAAAUAAAAUAAAAAAACGGAGACAGAGGACAUAUGCAAAACAAAAAAAUAAAAAUUGUGACUGCUUGCGAACUUUUUCGGGGCAAAACACAAUCAUGAAGAAACGAGAGAGGUGCUACUGGCUUGGAUUAGCUCGUUUGAAACUUGACAUGGCAAAAAAACAAAAAAAAAAACCCUUGGAUUUUCUGAUUCGUCUCCUCGUCUUCUCCCUCGCCCUUCUGUUUUGUUUCUUUGUUGGACGAGACCCUAGGAAUAGCGGAACUUUUUUUUUUUUUUCACUCCGAGCACGUUAACACUCCGUCGAAUGGUGCACUCCAGUUAUUCACCGAUGCUUUUUUAAAAAUAAUAAUAAUCAUGUUAAAAAUCAAGCCCUGCUACUUUUUUGUCCUGUCCUGUGUGUCUGUUCUUUGCUGGAUGAACAGCAUGUUCUUAAUGAGGGAGUGUGUUCCUGGUUUGUUUGUUUUUUCUUUCUCCCCCUUUUUAAGUUUUUCCGUGGGAGCCCUUUUUAAUUGGGGGGGGGGGACACAGACGCAAUGAGACAACGACGUAUACAAAAAGCCAACCGAUUUUCCCCCUUACGAAGGGGCAAGUUUUUAAAACAAAUCUUGUGUUUGGUCUGAAAGCUCAAAAGUGGCUUUGGAGGGUUUUUUUUGUUUAGUUUGGGUUUUUUUACCCCCCUCCCUUCCCCUUUCAUCUUGAAAUAUUAAACCUUUGCGUUGAAACCUUUAAACCUGUCUGUGCUUUCAAAACCCAAACCAAUCUUUUUUCACAAUUGGGAAUAAAUGAUGCAGGAAGCUUUGAUGAGGAUGAUGUGUUUUAAAAUGUGUCUUCCCUUCCCCUGAAAGGGACGGUAAAAAAAAAAUCCGUAGCCUUCAACCCAAACCUUUCUUUUUCAGACUUUACUGCUUGGAAAUAAAUAUAUGUGUGUGUGUGUGUGUGUGUGUGUUUGUACACACACACACACACAGUAUAUAUAUAUAUAUAUUCUGACAAAGGUUUUAGUUUGCACAUGUUUACUUCUACUUGAAAUGUUACUUGAAGAACUUUUUGAGUCAUGCAGAGACGCUCUUUCUGACACUAGAGACGAACGAAAGAGAUGGAAACACACACCCGUGAAUUGUUAUUUAUGAACCUAGAAAAAUAAUAAUUAUAAUGAUGAUGAUGGGAGGGCAAAACAACUUUUGUAUAGAGCGAGGCGAGAAACUAUGUUCUUAACACUAAGCUAGAAAUGCUUAGGGGAGGAGAGAGAAAAUCAGGAUGGUCUUCCGUUUGUCGGCCAUUCCUUCCCUCGGUUCGUUCAUUUUAAAUAGAUUGUAAAUUUUGUUUGAUAGUCGAUUUAUCUUGUAAAUAAGGCUUCGUUUCUUAAACUAUUCAGAGGAUUCAACGUGGUUGUGAGCGAAUUUUUUUUUUUUUUUUUUUUUGGUUACAUGCUUUUCAUGCUUUGAUUUUUUUUUUUUUUCUCUCACUGUUUGAUAUACGACAUAUUUAUUUUAUGGAAGCACUGAAAAUAAAGGUCAUCAUCCGA